UGGUGUCAUGUCUUUAAUUAUGAAAAAAAAUAGAAUAUGAGUAAAUAAAUAUUGCAUAAAAAUCGACAGAAUUAUUAAAAAAUAUCUUCGAUACAUAUACUUAGAAAUGAACACAUUUUCAAACGAAAAAAGAAUCAUAAGGACCGAGUCCAUGUCAACGGUCGCAGGAUUUGUGUGUCAUAGUAAACAGGAUAGGUUUGUUUAUCGCCAUUAGUUCACUGGCUGGUCAGCAUUUAUUCAUGUAAUGUCAAUAAUCCGUUAAAAAUAAAGGCGAACAUAUGAACAAGGCAUUAGACAGUCACCUUACGUGCUCUUAUGCGCUAUCUGGGACAACAGAAAACCGAGAUGCCUCAAAAGAUACUGAAGAGUGCUCAUUAUAUUGAACUGGGAAGUUACCAGUACUGGCCGGUUCUUGUGCCGAGAGGAAUCCGUUUGUACACAUAUGAACAGAUCCCUGUGUUCUUGAAGGAGAACCCGUACAUUACAGACGGGUACAGGGCACACCUACCAUCGAAAUUAUGUCUGAAGAGCAUGUUUGUUUUGUCCAACGAGACUGUGAAUAUUUGGACCCAUCUGCUCGGCUUUCUGCUCUUCUUCCUCCUGGGAGUCGAUGACAUGUCCACGGUGCUGCCGGCAGCAGGGGCUUCCAGAGAAGAUUAUGUAAUCUACUCCAUAGGGCUCUUUUGCUUUCAGGUAUGUAUGCUGUGCUCUGUGGGCUAUCAUCUCUUCUGCUGCCAUCGCUCAGAGAACACCAGCCGUCGCUGGCUAGCGCUAGACUACGCUGGGAUCUCUGUUGGCAUUCUGGGCUGCUACGUCCCCGGGGUCUUCUACGCCUUCUUCUGUGACAGUUUCUGGAGGCAGGUCUACCUGGUCACAGUGCUGGCGCUGAUACUAGCCGUGUUCGCAGUACAGAUCCACCCACUCUACCACACGCAAGAGUGGAAGAUGUUACGUUCCAGCAUCUUCUGCUUGGUGGCUGCCUACGGCAUAGUCCCUGCCUGCCACUGGGUGUGGCUUAACGGAGGCUUCCAUGCUGAUAUUGUGCAGGUGUUCUUCCCGCGAGUCAUGGUCAUGUACCUGCUUGCUGCGGCUGCUUUUCUGUUCUAUAUCAGUAAGGUCCCUGAGCGCUACUUCCCAGGGCAGCUGAAUUACCUAGGUGCCAGUCACCAGCUGUGGCAUGUAUUGGUAGUGCUGAUGUUCUACUGGUGGCACCAGACUGCAGUCUACAUCACGCACUACAGACACAGUCAGCCCUGUCAGGACUUCAGCAGUGCCAAUGGCUAGCACUGCUCUUUUCUCCCUUGAACAGGAAGCUUCCAACCACACUACAUCACUCAGAGCUUGAGCAAAUGUUCAUUGUCCUGGUCAUAACGUUUGCUACCUCUGGGCACACAACAUCACUGAUUUCACACAGCAUAUUCAAAUCAGCAUCUAAUUAUAAAACCCUUCAUAAAAUAAGUCAGCAGUGUUGGAGCUGGCAAACCAAUAAACUGUGAGAAACCGAUCCUAUACUUAUAUGACCUAAUGCUGCAUGUGAGUCUGAAGCAGGACUGGAAAGCAUGGAAGCAGAGCAUUGGAUUUUUCAGUGAUGGCUGGGCUUUUUGAAACAUUUUUUAAAGGUAUGUACUUCAGCAGUAUUUUAAGCAGGGAGAAGCACAAUCGGAACUGGGACAUGGAUAUGUAUGGUUUAAACAUGGGCAUCUGUGCCUGCCUGCAAAAAGAGUCCUAGACUUCUAAUGUUGCCUACAAAACACGGGCCUUUAUGUGAAUAUCAUGUACGUUCCCUAUUAAAGACGAGUUUUGUUAGUGAUGGGGAUAUAAAACAUUUGAAUUCUCAAAUAUUCAAAUUUUCAAUGUUUAUUCAGCUGGAAUGGCCCUUCCAAAUAGCGUUAGCAUCAUUUUACAGUGUUUAUGCAUCCUAAACCAUAACUACACUGCACUGCAUUACCUUAAGUCUCAACUUACCGUAAGUAAGGCUAUAAUAAACUUUCAGUGGGAUUUUUACCCUUGAAAGCCCAUUUAUUGUAGGAUUUAAGCUGCAUGAGGAAUAAUAAACUUUACAAAUUAAGAAGCACUUUUUCGCAGAAUGCAAGCAAUUUCCAUUGCUGAUAUUCUUCUGAGUCAUGCAACUAUUUUUGAAGUCUUACAGUAGAACUUGCUCCUUGUCUGCCUUUGAACUCAACACUUUUAUGUUCUGUGCAAUGAAUAAUACGAGUGGGUUGAUCAAAUGCCAGUGUCAUCUUGUCUCUCUUCCUGCACUCUUCCAUAUGUGUCUCUGUUGGACCUGAACUCGUUUUUUGACUGAGCAUGGCACUGAGUGAAUCUAAGUAUAUGCUCUGCUCUCUUUUCUGUAACUUCAUCCCUUAGUUCUGUCAGUUCUAUCAUUUAGUUUGUGCUGAAAGAAAUUGAUUAUGGAUUUUUAUGGUAGCUACAUGGGCAUUUUGUAAAUUGUCUGGUACUGGUACUUGGUGAGAGGCUAUUUAGGUUGGGGGAGCAGUGUUGACUUGAACAACAGUUUGGUAAAGAGCAUGUAAAAGUAGUGCACUUUUUAAAAAGUGACCUAUAUUUACCCUUCAAAACAUUUAAUGUGAACUGUAAGUACUGUAACUAAGGGUUAAACCACUUGUCCUUAAUCUGAGCCAAUGAAUAUGGUGCAUAUUUAAGCAGUCACUAAUUCAAGUAACCUUGAAUUAAUGUGGUUAUUUCUUUACGUCAUUUGUCUGUCUUUGUUGAUCACUUUAAUGUUUGUCAAUCAUGGACAUAAACUACAUAUCUGAAUGCUGAUACUGAAUGAUCCUUUCUUAAAGAUUCUUGUGCCAUUUUUUAUCCUCUGUUCCUUUCACAUUGUUUUAUUGGACUAAAGGAAAUAAAUACAUUGAACAAAGGGAAUCUGGCUUCUUGCAAGCUCUUGUUUUGGAUAUAAAGACCACACCCCUGAGGGUUCCUGAUGCAGUUUUGACAGAAUAAGGGUUUGACAGUUUUCCUAAUCACAUUUAAAAAGCUCAUGUAAUCUGCUAUUUUUAACCCACAAAAGGGAUUAGCCAAAACAGAUGUCAUUCCCCUGUCGAAACUGCUCAUCAAAAUGAGAGGGAAUUGGUUUGGAGGUCAAGAUUUACUUUCCAGAACUCAAUACACCAGAUUACAGAUGGUAUUACUGUAAUGCAGAAAGGCUCACAUUUGCAUGGACUGCGGAGAAGUAUGUCUCUUAUUACGCUGGAUGGGUUGAUCCUAGACUUUUAUGUUUGAAUUGUGAGGAUGCUUUGAUACUUUUAUUAGACGAAUUGUACUUUAAACGUCAAAUCCAAUUAGCAAACCUGGAUUUUGUAAUCACUGCAAGUAGCACACUUGAUACCAACUCGUUUGUCAUUUUUUUUUCAUUUCACUUCUCUUUAAAUAAUUGAUCAGUUGUAUCAGGUGGACCCAACAGAAAUGAUUUUUUUACUUGUUUUAGACAUACCAUGCACUACCGCUUCAUGUUAUAUAUGGAUAAUUACAUACUGCUUUUGAUCUAAACAUUUUCACAAAUGCAACUGUUUCAUCCCAAAAGCUACUUCAGACAAACAUUCCUCAAAUCAGAAUUUGGGCUAGGAAUCUUGGUAGGAUUUACCAGCACCUGUCAGGUAAUGAAAAUAACUACUGUCUAUAUGAAUUAGGUGUUUCAUUAUCCCAUGAAAAGUGGGACUUUGUCUGAUUCUGCUACCGAAUAUCAAGACUCAGUAGGAAAUUCUAUUCAGCCUAUAGCCUUAAGAGUGAAAGGGCACUUGUUUUAAUUUUUUCAGACCAUUUCUGCAACUUCCCUCUAAGGUUAAUGUUGUAUUUUGUUACAAAGGACACAUAUACCACAUCAAAAUACUAAAAUAGUCCAACUUUUACAUCAUAAAUGAGAAUUAUGUGCACAUCACUGCCCUCUGCUGGGACAAGGAAGAAGAAGACAAAACCAGUUAAAUUCUCUCUUGUUAAAGUAUUAUUUCAGUGUAUUAUUUUUGAUAAUCUGCCAUCCCUGCUACAUACUUUCCAAACUAGUCUUAUACAUAAGUUAUACACAGCCUUAUAAGAGUGUCAUAACUAUUAAAUGGUCGAUCUCAAGCUUUGGUACACUAUAUUUGGGAGAUCAAAGUGAAACCAAACUCAGGAAUGGCCCGGCGUUUCCACACAGCAGUCACGUGUCUGAGGACUGCACGCUGAUUUUGGACAGUUUUAGUUCAGACAGGCUCCCCACAGAUCCUCAGCAGAGUUCGCUGAUAGUCCCCCGAGGUCUCAGAC